AUGUCCUUUCUUGUUAUAUUUGUAUUUACCUGUGCAGCAAAGGCUGGUCUGAGUCAGAAUAUCUCUGAUUCAUGCCCAAGCAUGUGCAAGUGUACAACUGAAGACACUGUCCUCUGUAUCAGAGCUGGACUGAAAGCCCUCCCUGGAGAAGUAGCAGCAUCCACCAUCUCUCUAAACCUCUCCAGUAAUUAUUUACGGACUCUCAACACCAACACCUUCAGAAACCUGACUUUCCUUCACAGCCUGUGGCUAGAUGGGAACAAUCUAACUUUCCUGACCCCAGGAACCUUCCACGCUCUCAACAAGCUGCGAGAGCUGCACCUCAGCAGAAACUCACGCCUCACCUACCUGCAUGCAAACACUUUCAGAGGACUAUUAAACCUCAUCAGCCUGGAUUUGUCCCACUGCAAUAUCUUCGAAAUCCACCCGCUUCUAUUUUCACACUUGCCUUCUUUGGAAAGCCUCGAUUUAGCCUCCAAUAACAUGCGGUAUGUCCCACAAGCCUUUAGCAACCUCUCCAGCCUCACGAGGCUGUCCCUGGAGGGCAAUCACAUAGAAGCCAUCGGCAGAGAUUCCCUGAAGGACCUGGAAAUGCUGUACGAUCUGAACCUCAGGAAGAAUCGGAUAUGGAUCAUUCAAAAUGGCGCUUUCACAAAGCUCCUCAGAUUGGGCAUGUUAAAUUUAGGACACAACUUCAUCACUGAUUUGCCUAAUCAGCUUUUUGAAGGGUUGAUCCAGCUCAAGACCAUGCACCUCGAAGCCAACAAAAUCACUGCUGUGGACUGCACCUUCAGACAUCUGCUCAACUUGAGAAACUUGUACUUGAACAACAACCAGAUCUCCUCGAUCUCAGACUCUGCUUUUUCAUACUUACAUAAGCUGCACUUUGUUCACCUAAGCAAAAACAACCUCAGUUCCCUCCCCAUCCGCUUGUUCUCUGGACUGACAAAGCUGAAGUAUGUGUUUUUAUCCCACAACCCCUGGAAUUGUGACUGCAGGAUGCUCUGGUUCUGGCAGUGGAUGGUGACGCGCAGGGCUGUGAUCGAAGGGCUGGACUGCGCCUUCCUGGGCCCUCACAACACAACGGUGCUCAAUGACCCCCGCCCAGGGGACCUGAUGGACUGCACGGUGUCCCUCGAGCUGGCAAGUGAGGACAAGUGCAGGGAGGCUGGUACCAGUGUGGCUCCAGAGCCCCCCACUCUCCCCAGCAAGGUCAUCCUGCUGACAUUUGCCUGGAACACGUGGUACAGUGCAAGGGGGUAG